CCUGGUGCCGGGGGAGGGGGGGGAAGGUGUGUGUGUGCUGCCGGUGCCUGAGCAACCGAGCGACCCCGAGAGGAGAGAGGCGGCCGAGGGGCACGAGGCGCUGGUGACGUCACGGGGCUGCCGAGGAGACGUCACGCCGUGACGUCAUUGUGCAGGACGCGCAGCCGAUCGCCGAUCGCGGCGGCGGAGCGAUGAGCCUGGCGGAGGGCAGAGCCCCGCGGCGCACGGCCGGGAACCGCCUGUCGGGGCUGCUGGAGGCCGAGGAGGAGGAUGAGUUCUACCAAACCACCUACGGCGGCUUCACCGAGGAGUCGGGGGAUGACGAGUACCGGGGGGAUCAGUCGGACAGCGACGACGAGGUGGACUCUGACUUCGACAUCGAUGAGGGGGAGGAACCCCCCAGUGACCCCGAGGAGAACGAGCCCAAGCGCCGCCGCGUCGUCACCAAAGCCUACAGGGAGCCCCUCAAGAGCCUUCGCCCCAAGAAGCCAGAGGUGCCCAGCGGGGGCUCCCAGAAGCCCCGGGAGGUGAAAUCGGUGCCCCUGGAGCUGCAGGAUGAUGUGGGGGACAGUCGGAAGCACAUGCGUCAGUCCACCACGGAGCACACCCGUCAGACCUUCCUGAGGCUGCAGGAGCGCCAGGUCCAGUCCAAACGUAAGAAAGGUCCCAACUACGACCGGCCCCUGACCCAGGAGGAGCUGCUGGAGGAGGCCAAGAUCACCGAGGAGAUCAACCUCCGCUCCCUGGAGAAUUACGAGCGCCUGGAAGCUGACAAGAAGAAGCAGGUCCAGAAGAAGAGGAAGUGUGUGGGGCCCGUGAUCCGGUACUGGUCGGUCACCAUGCCCCUCGUCCCCGAGCCGGGCAAGGAGGAGAACGUGGACGUGGAGGGGUUGGACCAAGACCCUCAGCAAACCGACUCCCUCCCAGCCCCUUCUCCUGCUGGGAAAUGCUCCCGAACCUUCAUCUCCUUCAGCGACGACGAAACUUUCGAACGUUUCUUCCCCAAAACCAAACCCCCGAGGCUGCCGGUGCGGGAGCUCUGCCCCGUCACCCACAAACCUGCCCUUUACCGGGACCCCAUCACCGACAUUCCCUACUCCAACAUCCGAGCCUUCAAAAUCAUCCGGGAAGCCUACAAGAAAUACAUCACAGCCCACGGGCUGCCCAGCGCUGCUGCUGCCACCCUGGGCACCGCCGCUGCCCCCGGCCCCGACCCCAACCUCCGGCCCACCCGCCAGAAAAUCAUCAUCAAGCAGAGCGUCCCCCCACCCUGAGACCCCCCCCUCAAUCCUCUCAGCCCCCCAGACUCCUGUGGGUGAUGUUUCCUGGCUCUGUUUAUCUCCUGCCUUUUUUUUUUUUU